GCGUAAACUCUUCCGAUCACUCGAGGGGGCGGCGCCCAUUCCGCAGGCACAGAUGUUGAUGCGAGAUUUAGACGCGGGCAUGUUGAGGAAUGCUCACAUCCGUAGGAGGUUGGGAGCUAGCUCUACCGAGAGCAACGCUGCUUCUUCAUCUGCGCCCUCGACCUCAGGAGCAUCUUCGCAGGUCUCGUCUAGGAGAGCCACUCGUUGCCGUCCCACUUCUCAGGCUGCUCGAGCCACGACCCAGGCAGAUCCGACCCCUGAAUGGGCUAGGAGGAUCCUAGAGCAGCAGGAUACCAUCAUGCAGAGGAUGUCCGAAAUCGGACAGCAAGACGGCGAUAACCCGCCAGUUUACGGCGAACAACCGGUGAGGUCCAAGCUCUUCUCUGAUCUUUUCAAACAAUCACCUAAAACCAGCUCUCAGGCUAAUAAGAGUAUGUUCAAGGGCUGCCCGUCCAUAACCUUCUCUCAAGAAGAUGUCGACGGACUAACAACUCGCUUCAGGUAUGCUUUGAUCGUGAAGUUCAGGAGAAGACCCCCCCUUUUGGUCGUUAAGAACUUCUUGACUCGUUUGGGUUUCUCAGGGGGGUUCACAGUGGGCGAACUGUUUUCCAACAGCUUCCUCAUCAAUUUCGAGCAAGAUGAAGACUACCAGAGAUUCUUUUAUCGUAAGGUUUGGACCAUUGGUAAGGAUACCAUGUCUGUAACCAAAUGGUCUCCAACCUUAACACAAGAGGAAGACUCCCCCAUUGUUCUGGUCUGGAUCUCCAUUCCUCAUCUUCCAAUUCACCUUCAUGAACAAGCUGCUCUUUUCAGUAUUGCCUCCAUGUUGGGGACCCCUUUAAAGGUUGACAAUGCUACGCUCAACUUCACCAUACCCAAGUAUGCUAGGGUUUGUGUGGAACUUGACAUUUCCAGGACUCUCCACCAACGCAUUCUUGUCAAACAUGCUGAUGUUGAUCUCUUCUCCCAGGUUGUCUAUGAAGACCCCCCUCUUUUCUGUAAUUCUUGCCGGAAACUGGGUCACAACCAUCUGACCUGUAAACCGGUCACACAACCGGCGAAAAGGGAUAUUCCAGCCCCUAAAGUCCAGGAUAAUAACGACGACAAAGUCCAGCAGGGAUGGUCCAAGGUCACUCGGAAGGGCAAGGCUCCAGCUAUUCCUAGACAGGGGGAUAUUUCCAAACCUGUUCAUGUUUGGGCCCCAAAACCCACUAUAAGAGAAGAACAUGUAGAAACUUCCAAGACGGGUGCAAGAAGGAGGGCUCCAGUGUUUUUACCUUCCACCAAUGUUUUUUUUCUUGGACCCUUCUGGGUCUCUGGUCACACAAUUAACUCCUCUAAGAGCAGCAUCAUGGUUGGGAAGAAGUUUAAUACUAUGAGAAUUAGGGAGCUGGAACAACUCCUGACCAUGCCACACAGAAAGCUCCCUUUUAGCUACGUGGGUAGCCCUAUCCACUCUGGCAUCACAAGGAAACACCAUUGUACACUUCUCAUUUCUUCCUUUGACAAGAAACUCAAUGGAUGGUAUCAAAAAAACUUGGAUCAGGCAGGAAGAUUAAUCCUUAUUAAUCAUGUCCUCAAUAUCAUUCCUAACUACUUUUUGGCUGCAAACACUGUUCCUAAAUCCAUCAUCAACCUUCUUCAUCAAAAGAUGGCAAGGUUCUGGUGGGGUUGUGGCCAGAAGAAGCAUCAUUGGCUGAAGUGGGAAUCUCUUUCUUUACCAAAAGAGGAAGGUGGUAUUGGCACUAGAGACAUCCAAUCCUUGGAGGAGGCCUUUAGUCUCAAAUUAUGGUGGAAAUAUCCACAUAAUAACAGUCUCUGGGGGAGAUUCAUGAGGGCGAAAUAUCAUAGGCGGGGAGAGAUGGAAUGUCACUUGGUGGAUUCCCCUACCUGGACUAGGAUCACAAGGAUUAAUGUCAAAUCUCUCAAUCACUGCCAUACUACUGAGGAGGAAGCAUUUAUUUGGAAUGAGGACCCAUCUGGGCAGUUCACCCUUAAGAGUGCUUAUGAGGUUUGCAAGACUAAUUCUAGCCCUUCUCUUGGGUUUCAUAAUAUUUGGGAAUCCCCACAAAAGUCCAAAAUCAGCAUCUUUAUGUGGAAACUUUUACGCAAGUGCCUCCCGAUCCCUGAAAACCUUCAAAAGCUUGGUUUUGCUCUCCCUUAUGUUUGUCCUUUCUGCAUGAAUUCAAGCCUCAUAGCAAAACAUUCCCUGAUUGAUUGUGCUAAGAUCGUGGAUAUUCGGGGACAUUAUGCUAGAUGCUUAAACUUCCUCCACACAGAAUCAUCUACUAUCAACCAACACUUUAUGAACUGGUGGUUGAGGGACACACCUAACCUUUAUGGGCUACUGCGUAAACAUCUGCCAGGGAUAAUCACGUGGCACAUCUGGAAAAAGAUGAAUGAGAUCAUUUAUGGGAAAUGUUCUAAUUUUAGCACUUCAAGUCUUAUUCAUCAGAUUGAUUCGUAUACCAAACAAAGGUUGUCCAUCAAGACUCCCCGCAAACUUCACCAUUUUGACUCCUGGUUAUUCUCACAUAAUCUUAUACCCAGGUUCACAUCUCACAACUACGUUCGCAUGGUUAAAUGGAAGGCACCUCCUACGGGUAGGCUUAAACUCAAUGUUGAUGCCUCCUAUACCACAACACAUCAAAGAGGUGCAGCUAUAUUAAGAGAUGCAGAAGGAAGACUGGUCCGUGGGGCCUCCUUCAAACUACACUCUAGAAGUGCCUACCAAGCUGAAGUGGAUGCCGCUAAUAAAGCAAUUAGAUGGGCCCUUUUAAUUUCCAAUUCUCUGAUUUAUGAGACUGAUGCUAAGUCUAUUAUUUCCAGGAUUCCAUUGUUCAAUAAAAAUUCAGUUUCCUCUUUCCCAAUUGACGUUUUGGGUCAACUCAUCCUUCAAAAUGGAAUUCAAGUUUCUCACAUUUUACGGGAAGGGAACUCUGCUGCAGAUGGUCUCGCAAAGGUGGACAGGACUUUAGAUUCCCCUCUCAAGGAAUACUGGCAUAUCAACCUUUGCCCUGAUGUUGUUAAAAAUAUUUUGUACCAUGAUUGUAUCCCCUUGUUCCGUUUUCAUUAAUAAAACCUGAUUGCUUUGCCAUAU